AUGAGGGGAGUCCAGGCCUUCAGCGCUGGGAAACAUUACUGGGAGCUGGAUGUGGACCACUCUAUGGACUGGGCUCUAGGGGUCUGCAAGGAUUCCUUCAUAAGGAACAAGGGCACACUGUUGGAAUCUAAGGACGUAUUUCUUCUUUUAUCUGUGAAGGAGGAUAAUGGCUGCACUCUCUUCACCACCUCCCCGAUAAUUCUUCACUAUGUGGAGAAACCUCUGGGCCGCAUUGGUGUGUUAAUCGAUUGUGAGAGUGGAAGUGAGAAGCUAGUAAUGAAAAUGAGAUCUAUAUGGGACAAGAUCCAAGAAAAUAAGAGAAACCUGAAAGAAGAGAGCACAACAAUUAAUCACUGGAUGGAAUAUGUGGCCUUGAGGAAGGUGGUAAUCAACAUCCAGUAUCAGAAGAUGCAUCAAUUUCUCCAUGACGAGGAGCAACGCCACCUGCAGGCACUGGAGAGAGAAGCGCAGGAGAUUUUCCAGGAACUCAGAGACAGUGAAGUGAGAAUGGCCCAACAGAAAGAAAGGAUGAAAGACAUGUACAGAGAGCUGACUGAGAUGUGCCACAAGCCGGACGUGGAGCUGCUGCAGGUGCGGGGGGAGGGACCAGACUUGGGAAACAUAUUGGAAAGUGUAACUGAUGCCAUUCUUUGCAGGACCCAGUCAGUGCAGGCGCAAAAGCCCCAGCCGGUGAACCCAGAGCUCACUUCUUUGCGCAUCACUGGACUCCUCGACAUGCUGAACACGUUCAGAGGUGAGAGGCAGCUGUUUGGCAGUCAGAUUUUGCUGAAAAUGCAAAAGAAGAUUCACAUUUUACUUAUAGAUGACGUAGGCAGAGUAAGAGAAGAGUAUUCAGUGGACAAUCUUCCGAUUAUGGAAAUGGCCAGUUGCUAUAUAAGCCUUUCCGAGAACCUUAGAAGUGUGAUAUUUGGUGAUGAAGAUCACAGAGCACCCUGGGAACUCGAGGCAACCCAGAGCUUUGCUGCAUGUGGAGCUGAGGCCUUUGCCACUGGCAGGCACUACUGGGAAUUGGAUGUGACACACUACUCCAGCUGGGUUCUGGGAGUCUGCAAAGAUUCCCAAACACAAGAUAACAGCAUGAUUAUUGAUUGUGAGGAUGCAGUUUUGCUAUUUUCUUUAAAGGGGAUCAAGGGUUAUCGUCUGUCCACCAGCUCCCCACCCUUAGUUCAGUGUGUGCAAAGGCCUCUGAGUCGGGUUGGGGUGUUUCUGGAUUAUGACAACAGAACAGUGAGCUUCUAUGAUGUUUCUAAAGCCGCCCUCAUAUAUAGUCUCCUUAUUUCCUCUUUCUCUUCCCCUCUGAGGCCUUUCCUCUACCUAUGUUCCUCAUGAAAAUUUAGGAUUCAUGAUAAUUUCCCAGUGAGCUUUCAUGUCUGUUGAAAUUAUGUUUCUGAGACCUCAUGUUAGGCAACAGGGCUGUGCAGCAGUGUCUUUGAGCUCAUUGUAACUUUAGGAACUAUAAUUACUGUAUGGUUAUAAAAUGGGAUAGCCACAUUAAUGUAUAAAUUUGUUUAUUACAUUUUACUUUAAUAAAAAAAUUUUUUUGGAGUAUUUACUAGAAAAACAGUAAUGGCUUUUUCCUUUUUUUCAUAACUGGUUUAUGGGGAGAAAUUCACAUAAUCUGAAAUUUACUUUCUAAAUUAUUUAAUUCAGUGAAAUUUUGUGCGUCCAGCGUAGUGCAGCCAUUCAUAUCUAAUUCUCGGGUAUUUUCAUCAGCCUCAAUAGAAACUUAUUACUCAUCAACUUUUCUUCUCCAUUCUCUGGGCAACAUUUAAUCUACUUUUCAUGUUUAUGGACUUAUAUCAAUGGAAUCAUAUAUGUCUUUUUAGUGUCUGGUUUCUUUUACACAACCUGUUUUCAACUUUCCCCUUGGGUUGUAAACAAUGUGUUUUAAUUGCAUAUAUGAACCUGGUUACAGUAGAAGUAAGAAGUGUUAUAUAUCUUAGCUUACUGAACAGAAGGCAGAGUGAUUAUUUUUUCUUCGACGUUGACAUCGUUGAGUAGAUGCAACUAUCUGACACACUGUCAUUUCUCUAAAUCCUAAUCCUUGGCACAUUUCAGCUCAAACACAACAGUUUUUCAGGAAAAUCCUUUCAGACCCUAUAAAACAGGGUAGUUACAUUAUAUUCUCUAUGGGCAUAUUAUAAUAUUUCAUUACAACAGUCAAGAAACUCUCAUUACAAACUAUGAUACUUAAAUACUUAUUACUACUAUAUUGGAAAUUCCAAGU